ACAAUUAAUACGUAAAAGUCACGUGAUCACACACUAUAGUCUUGUUGGACUGAGAUAACACGAAAAGUAUUUGACAUUAGGCAUACAGGGAAAAUAUUAAUAUAUUAGUAUGGCGACAGGAUGUGAUUUAUUCACUUCAGUAGAAAAUGAACAGACGAUUACAGAAACAGAUGAUUUUUCACCUCUGAGUUCAGCUGGUUCUGUAGAUAGCGGAUUUACUGAAAAUGAAGAAGGAUCAAAUGGCGUGCAAGACAUUCAUAAAAAAUGGGGAAAUUGCCCACCAGACAGCAGCUUGUUACCUCCAUGUCGAGUAUGUGAAGAAAAGGCCUCUGGAUGGCAUUAUGGUGCUAAUACCUGUGAACCCUGUAAGGGAUUUUUUCGUCGCUGCAUUGUCAAAAUGAAGAAAAAAGAAGAAUACAAAUGCCUUAAGGACAAGAAAUGUAAGCUUGGUGGUGGUAAAAGAAUGUCUUGCUCAUUCUGUAGAUAUCAAAAGUGUUUGGCAGUAGGAAUGUCUCAUGAUGCUAUAAAGAUAGGACGAUACACACACGAAAAACGAACAAGCAACAUUAAGGAAAUAAAGAAGAUAAAAGUGACAGAAAAGAUACAAGAAAAAUCUUCUGAAAUUUACGUAGAUGAAAAAGAAGUUGACAGUUUAGUUGAAACUUUAAUUCAAAUCGAACAAGAAUUUAAUGGUGAAUUUAUUGAACUGUUUGAAGCAGAUGGACUGUUGGCGUUGCAGAAGACCGUAUAUGAGACAUUUAAACAAAAAGAAGAAAUAUUUGGCAAGUUAGGAUACUUACCCACACAUGUUUAUGACGAAUUUUAUAAAGCUACUGGUAUAGACAUUGAUAAUCGAAAAAACAAAAUGAGUACAAUUGCUUCUCAUAUGGAUAAAUUCAUUAGAAACAUGAUAAAUUUUGCUAGAAAUAUUCCCGGAUUCAGUGCGUUGUCAACAGCAGACCAGAUUGUUCUGUUAAAAGCUGGAUUCCAUGAGUAUUGGUUCCUUGAGUUCCAUCGAAGGGUCAAUCCAGAACUGAGAGUAAUUGCACUUACUGAUCAUGCAAACCCUGGUAUAUUUGGAGCUCACCAGUCGGAAAUGAGUUCUUUAUUAAACCACAGAAACACAGAUUAUAUGUUUGAAUGUGCAGCAAGUUUAAGAAAGUGUAACCUUUCUGCAGAAGAGGUAACUCUUGCUAGAGGAAUUGUUUUAACAUUUACAGAUCAGUGCACAUUACAAGAACCUGAUAAAGUGGAGAAAAUCCAGUGGUAUUUGGUUAAUUGUUUACGGACUGUAGCAAAGAAAAGUUACAAGAACCCAGACGAAAGACUCUGGAAAAUACUUGACAAGUUUACACUGCUUCGUAGCGUAUCAAACUAUGGACGUGAAAUGGACAAUAUUAAAGCUCAGUGGCCUGUGAUGAAAGACCACCCGCUUGUUUUAGAAAUAAUUGGCACAGAAAUUGUGAAUCAAUCAAAAUGAAUCAAAAAGACAUUCCUCAUUUGCUAACCGUUAAUUGUGGGCCAAUCAGUAUUUCAUAAAUUUUCUAUCCAUGACCAAUUUUAUAAAAUAAAGAUAUACAUUAUUACACAAA